AUGGGGCUUAUCAGUGUGGGCGCGAGAGAGCGGAAGGCUGGGCGGGGGGGUGAGGGGGCCGCGGGGCGGCAGGUGGUAGCGUCAACGCGCGGCCGUGAACUUUCUUCGGACACGUUUUCAGGAGCAAAAUGCUGCGCAAUAACCCGGCCCGCGCCCCCGCACCGUCCCUCCGACAUAAUCAUUACGUCCUCCGCUGAGGUCACCGACCAU